AUGCUCCCUAGUUGGGGUAGUCGAGAUGUCUUUCGCGGGCACCCCCAUUACUCUACAUCUUCUGUCACAUCUGCAAGCAUGAGCCUGCGCGAGCAGAUGCACAAGCAUUCUGGAGACUAUUUCAACGUCAAGGACGUACGAGGCUCCUCGCCCGCUGCGAGUUUGGCUGCUGAUCUUUCCCAGAACUUCCGACUUGACAGCGAUUCGAGUCCUCAGUUCCCCACUCCCAGAAGAGCACUCUUCACGGCUGGCAUGAUGGGCAGCUUGGAAGGUCGAGGUGAGCAGGACCAACAAGAUUCAGUCACAACUCCCCCAUUACCAUCCUCGUCGCCUGCCCCACUGGCCGAGCUCAAGGAAUUAAUGGAGGUAUCACCUCUGCCUCACAAGGCACCUUUCUUCACCCAGUUCGAGAUAACUUCUCCAACUCCGGGGUCUACACCAGCCGCUGACGAUGAAAUGAUUCUUGAUUCCCCGGCUCCUAUCUCUCGGCAGUCUUCCUUGGAACCUCCCAAGCCCAUCAUGGCUGAAAACCGUAGAAUAGCUGUGCCACGGAGACCAUCCCUAACCCGGAUGAAGGGUUUCAGUACCACGGCCGUACCAAGUCGCCAGGCUGACACGGAACUGCCUCCGUUCCGCUUCGGUGCUGGCUCUCGCCUGAAUCAUACCAGCUCCAAUCUGUCUCUCAGCGAAUGUUUCGAGUCGACAUCACCACCUCAGGAGCGCAGGCCCGCGUCUGCCAACAGUCCAUGCCCUGGUCUUUCUGUCGGCCGCGCUAGACCCCAAUUCCUCAACUUCAAUGCAUGCUCUCGCAGCAAUGGCUCUCCUUCCAUGAACUCACAUUCCCGGCGACAGUCCAAUCCCUUUCUCAGAAAUCGAAAGCAGUUCCGUCGGUCAUUAAGCAUGUUCGAGCAUCCCGCUGACAUAAUGAAGAGCAAUUCAGAGGGAGAGGAGACUACUUCUUCCGCGCUUCAAUCGGUUAUGGAUGUGGAGGAGGCUCAAGAGCCCGUUCUCCCCCAUUUCCUUUUGGAAGACCCCACCGAUACCAUUCCUCGCAUCACUCGAGAGACACUCGUCGACGUCUUGGAUGGCAAGUACAGCUCCCACUUCGAUCAGAAGAUCGUGAUCGACUGCCGAUUUGAGUAUGAAUAUGAGGGUGGCCACAUUGACGGUGCUGUCAACUACAAUGAUAAGGACCUGCUCACAAAUCAGCUCUUCCAGACUCCUAUGGAUGGACGGACGCUUCUCAUCUUCCACUGCGAGUAUUCAGCCCACCGUGCCCCCCUGAUGGCUCGUCAUGUUCGAUCUGAGGACCGCACCGUGAAUGCUGAAUUCUACCCAAAACUUACAUACCCCGAAGUCUACAUUCUAGACGGUGGGUAUUCGGGCUUUUUCACCGAACACCGGGGCCGUUGCUAUCCUCAAGAAUACGUUGAGAUGUCCGAUGAGGCUCACCAGCGCACUUGCGAACGCGAGAUGGGCCGAUUGAAAUCUCGUAAAGGUCUCAGCCGUGCCGCGACCUUUGCUUUUGGUCAACGUGAGCCUUGUGUGGACGAGUCACCAACUGCUCCCAGCAGACCUCAGUCACGAACUCUCCAUGCACCAAUCUCCCUCCUUGGUGCCUCCCCCAUGAUUGGCGAUCGAUCACAUGCUCGCCGUAUGGCCUCUUACUAG